AUGGCGGCGAGACAAAUAGCUGCGGCAGGUGGUGCGAAGAAGCGGGCGGGCGGGGCUGGCACGGAUACGCAGUGCAAGCGGCUGAAGCAGCUGUCACUCUUCGGAAUGCUGGCAGGCAAGAGGCGCACCGCCGCCGAGCUGACGCCUGACACGGCCGUCGCACCCAUUGAGGUUCUAUCUGCAGCCACGAAAAGCACUGCUGUUCUUGCAGUGACCCACCUCGACAGCAGCCGAGCUCCCACGCUCGAUACGGGCAAGCAAGCCAGGGGGGCUGUAAUGAGACAAAGCGAAGGCGACGUGGGCGCGGGGAAUUUGAUCGAAAAAAUGUUCCCCGCGUAUUGGACCAUUGCAGGCGCAUGCAGAGGCGCGUGCGCGGAGCGAUGGGGCGACCGCAGGCGGCGCAACAGGAGGCUGAGGCAGUUGGGGGACGCGCAGCCGCACGCGGCGGAAGUGGGCGGCAGCAGCGGUGUGGAGAGCAGCAGCAGUGCGGAUGGGCGGUGUGACUCACAAGGCGAGGAGAAGGAGGGGACUCUGCGGAGAGGCGAGGCCGCGUGUGCGGGUGGCGCGGCGCAGGCGGGAGUCGGUGACGUGGGUGAUGGCGCCACGGAUCUGCGGGAGACGACGCACGAGGAAGAAGGCGAGCAGGGCACGCUGCAGCGGCGCGGUGUGGGCUCGCAGGCUCACGAACCCGCCAUGCCGCUCGCCUCGCCCGCUGCUGCUGCGCCGUCCAGUGUAGCGCCCACGGCCGUGGCGCUCAGCGUCGGGGGACACGGGUGCGGGGACGUGGGGAAGGAGAGUGCUGGCGGAGGUGCGUGCAGGGGAAGCGCGCGUGAGGAAACGGGGGACGCGCACAGAGAGGAGCGUCAAUGCGAGGGGCAAGGGGAAGGAGGUGAGGGGAUUGGGAACGGCGGUGGAGGGCGGAGAGCAGUGGCGGGGGAGUCGGAGGGCGGAGGGGGAGACGGACUUGGGCGGAACGACGCAGCUGGCGGAGAGCGAUCUACUAGUUGUGGGGGGGAUGCGGGCGGUGGUGCGCGUGCUGCUGUACAGGGCGGGGAAGCAGCGCGCGCACAUGGCGCGAUGGAUAGUGACCUGGUGCCACGUGAUGUGCGCGGUGACAUGACGGCACGCGCGUACGAGGAGGCGACGACCUGCGAGGUGGUGAAUGGAGCGACGGAUGAGAGGGCGGGACGCGGAGAGGCAAGGGUGGACGCGCAAAGGGCGGAGGAGGAGAACGAGGAGGAAGACGACGAGGGGGGUGAGGAAGAGGAGGAUGAUGACGAGGAGGAGGAUGAGGGAGGCGAGGAGAGCAGCGAGGCAGGUGCAGCGGAGGCGGGGCCACUGACGGAGUACGAGAAGCGGCGGCUGGCGAACAUACGGCGCAACCAGCAGCUCAUCCUCUCCCUCGGCAUCGAACCUCUCGUCCCGCGCUGCCCGCCGCCACCCACGCCCACGAGCUGCAGUGGCAGCGGUGGCGGACGGAACAAGAAGCGGCCGGGCCGGGCGGGUGGCGGCGUGGACGCGGUCGGGUACGCGGAGGUCCGGCGCAGCUCGCGGCUGAGGGGGAAGCCGCAGGGGGAGGGCGGAGAGGGGCGCGGAGGAGAUGGGGGGAAGCAGGCAGAGGGCGGGGAGGGAGUGGGAGAGGGGGUGCAUGGGGAGAGUCAUGAGGAGGAAUGCAGUGAGGAGGAUGACGUGGCGUAUGGUGACUCGUCCGUGGUGAAGUACCUGUGCCGUGUGCUCGGGGGUGCAGGGGCGCAGGAGGAGGGCGAGGGGCAUGAGAGGCGCGCAGGCGAAGGAGAUGGCAGUGGAGGGGAGAGGGGAACGUGCGUGCAGGCAACAGUGAGCGCGGCAGGAGGGGAUGGAGAGAAUGGGGUGGGUGGCGAGGUUGGUGGUGUGAAGGGAGCCCUCCCAUCACCACCCCAUGGAUGCUGCGCGGCAGAAGCGACGCCCGCAUCGGAAUCGAUGGCGCUGGGGUUGGUGCAGGGCGCGCACAUGCAGGACGGGCGGCUGAGCAGAAUCUACAGCGUGCACGUCCUGCCCAUGGGAGUGGGAGCACAGGGGAGUGGGAGCGGGAGCAGCGGUGGCAGUGGGUGCUACCUGCUGGCAGCAGGGGGGCAUCAGGGCCGCAUUGCAGUGUUCGGUGCGACAGGCGCACGUGGGGGGAAUGCAGGGGACGUGGGAGCGGGAGGUGCCAAGGGAAGAGUGUGGUGGUCGAUGGAGGGAGGGGGGGAGGAGGGGGAGGAGCAGCAGGGCGACGAGGUGGCACCACUGCUGUCAUGGAAGGGUGGAAACGGAUGGAUCUCGCAUGUUCAGUUCCUCUCACAGCAACAGCAGUGCCCUCACUCACCCUGCUGCCUUGUGCACUGCUCUCCUUUCUUCUCUCCUGUUCCUUGUGCCUUCCUCCAGGAGGGUGCCACCCUACUGCUGUCCAGUAGCAACGACAGCACCAUCACUCUCUGGGACAUCAACCGCCACCACUGCACCCCUUCUGCCUCCUCCACUCGCCGCCGCCGCCGCGUGCAGGCCUCAGUCUCGCCCAAUGACACGGUGCCACGUGUGGUGUGUGAGCUGGCGGGCGUGCACGGGCAGGGCAUAUUUGGGAUGCACGAGAGGGGGCUGCUAGUGGCAGCGGCGUCCAAGGACAAGACCGUGUCUCUGUGCCGCGUGGGGCCCUCUGCCCUCUCCCUCCUCCGCCUGCUCACCCACCACGACGUGCCUGUGCGCGCCGUGCACCUCCGUGACAAUGAUGUGUUGGUGGAUGGAGCAGCGGAUGGCAGCAUAGCAGUGGUGGACACGAGGGCAGCAGCACCUGUGGCAGUGGCUCUGCAUCACUGCCACUCCUCCCAGGUCAACACCGUGCACUGGCAGCCCUGCACAUCCCCCGCCUCACCUUCCACCUGCACCACUGGCACUGACACCACCAGCACCAGCGCCAGCGCCAGCAGCAGCAGUGGCAGCAAUGUGGUGCUGUCGUCCAGCUUCGACCAUGCUCUGCUUGUGAACGACAUUCGCUCGCCCGCCACUCCUCUCUUCACCCUCUCAGGCCACCACACGCACGCCACCUCCCUAUCAGCGCGCCAUUCCACCCAGAUACUCCGCCCUGCAUUUGUGGAUGGAGGCAAGUUUGUGGUGGUGCUGGUGCCUCUGAGCAGCACCCGUGGCAGCAGCAGUGGAGGGUGUCGUGUGGCGCUCUACUCCAUGGAGUCAGGCAAGCUCGUCAGCUGUGGCAGCACGCAUGUGGAUGCCACUCUCGCAUUUGCUUUGGAUGGACCGGCCGUGUCAAGUGGAAGGGGUGAUGUGCUGCGUGAUGUGUGGCUAGCAGGGAAGUCAGUUGCUCACCCCGCGCGCCCGCGGCUUCUUGCCACUGCGCUGUCGCUUGUCGUCGCUCUCUCGCUGCUGCCCCUCCGCGCAUGCCUUGCUGAUGCCACGCCCGCGGAGGCCGAUGGACGGCGGCCGUGCGCCAUCGCCCCUGAAUGCACGUCCGCUCAUGGGGGUGGGAUCACGCCGCCUGAGGACAUUGAUGCGCCGACUCAGCCCCGCCCCGCGAUCUCGUCCCCCCUCUCCCCUCCCCCACCUCUGUCUUCCGCUCCCCACGGCACCGCCUUUCCCCCUUCUGCGCGCGUGUCCGCCUCCCCCUGUCCCGCCCAUCCCCUGCUCGGCCCGUCCGCCUCUCUCUACGACGUUCUGGUGCUCCCGCGCACCGCGUCAUGGGAGGACGUCCAAUCCGCGCACGACACGUGUCUUGCGAGCUGGUGGCGCGCCACAGCAACAGAGGCGGCGCAAGUCAGUCGACAGCGCGCCGUGCAGGUAGGGGGGCGGCAACCGAGGCGCGUGGCUCCUGCAGCACGCGGCACGGCGUUGCUUUGGGCAGAUCCAUGUCUUGUGCUCCCACUCCUGCCUUUCUGCCGGUCCCUGCCCCUUCCACUCUCCUCCCCUCUCUGCACUCACACUACUCCCCCUACCCAACACCGCCCCGUGCCCUUGUCCUCCCGCAUUCUUCCCGCCCACUACCACCCACCGAUGCAGGUGGAGCAGGCACACCGCGUGCUGUCCAGUGCCAGGCUGCGCCGCCUGUACGACCUGCUGGGGGAGGAUGACGUGGCGCAUGCUGCCUAUGAUGUGGCUGUCAUGCGCGGUGGUGGCGGAGGUGGGCGGGAAGCAGAGACGCAGGCAGAUGCUGACAUGGGAGUGGAAAUGGGCACGGACUGGGAGUGCUGCGAGUGGCUGGCUGCUCACAGCAACCACAGUGGAAGCAGCAAUGAGGGCAGCAGGCGCAGUGGCAGCGACACGAUGGCAGGGCAGGGACAGAGCAUGGGAUCACACUGUGCCAGUCUCCCCCACCACCACUCCCUGCCUGCCGCCUGCUGCUCCUCCUCCGCUGCACACCACCUGCCUCACUCGCUUCCCCUCGCCACCGCCUGUUCCGCUUGCCUCUUUGCCUCCCUGCUGCCACCCUCCCCUCAUGCGCCUUACCUCCGGCCGUCGCCUCCGCCCCUGCCGGCCUCGCACGUGUGGCUGCAGCAAUCAACGCCCAUCACAGCAGGGAACAUAGCAGAGGCAGUGUUUGGCAGCCCACACCCCUGGCUGCUGCUGCUGCUCUCCCUCUCCUCCCCGCGCUCCCUCGCACUGCUGCCCGCGUGGUCCACCCUGGGCACGCAGCUCAAGGGCAUUACACGCCUGGGCCACGUGGACGCGGGGCACGACACACACGUCGCCCUGCGCCUCGCUCCGCGCACCUGCCUGCCCGCUCACACGCGCUUCCCUGCCGGGCUGCCUGUCGUGCUGGCCCGCCCCAUUGGGUGCCGUCACGUGGACUGCCUGCUGCGCCUCUCCACGCGCUCGCCCCGUGUCUCAUGGCUGCAACGGCUCACACGGAAGGGGCACGAGGACAAGGAGGAGGACGGGGAGGAGGGAGACGAGAGAGGGGCGGAGUGGGAAGGCAAGUUGUUAUCAGGCCAUGUGCGGGGCAUGAAGGGGAAGGCGGAUGAUGGUGGUGGGAGGGGUAGUGGGGACAAGGCGGAUGAUGCCGGUGCAUGGCCUGCAGACCCCAUGACUCGCCUUCGCGAGUUCCUGGUGGCAGCGGGGGAGGUGCUGGGGGAUGGGAGCGCAGCAGCACACAGCGGCAGUGGUGCUGGGCGCAUUGAGGAUGAGGUUAGAAAUGGUGGUGGGCGUGGGGACGAGCACACUCAUGUUGGUGCCACCACCAACCCCAACGGAGCUCAUGCUCCCUCUGCUGCAUGCCCUGCCGCCCCAUCGCCCUGCACCUCCUCACCACCAUCACACACCAUAGACCCAUCACACCCCGGCCAUAUGGACACUUCAAACUCCCUGUUCUCCCUCCUCCACCUCUCCCCAUCGUCCCCCUACCACCAUCUCAGAGCCCCCCCUCCGCCGCUGCCCUCCCUGCGUCAGCUGCGCCGCUUCGCCUUCCUCUCCCUCCUGCGAGUACCCCCCAUCCCCGUGGUGCCGCUACAGCACCUGCCCAUGCGCUUCUUCCGCACCGCCCCCGACCGCACCGUGCGCUUCGUGCUGCUGCUGCCACGCGCACACCGCCACGCAUCGCUGGAGGCGCGCUACUGGGCGAGCAGGAGUGCAGGGCGCGUGGCGUGGGUAGCAGUGCCAUGGGAAGAGAGCGAUGCGGCGGCAUGGCAGCGGUGGUGGCGCGUGCAGCAGCCGCCCGCCCUGGGCAUAUACCGUGACCCGGGUGUGGUACCACUGGUGCUGCCGGGCCCACUCAACUCCACCGUGCUGCGCCAUGCCCUGCUCCACCACUCCUCCUUCCUCCUCCCCCGCCUCUCCGCCUCCUCCGCUGCCCGCCUUGCCUGCGACCCUUCCGCCCCAGCCCCUCCUCCGCCCUACUUUCUCUCUCCGCUGCUCGCCCCUCCACCUCACAGGCGAACGGGAAAGCGCGGAGGUGGCAUUGGGGAGGCUGGGCGUGGUGGCAGCACGUGGAGGGAUUAUGAUGCGGGGCAAGAUGAAAUGGGAGGGGAGGGAGGGGAGGAGGGAAGGAGGAGGUGGGUGAGGGCGAGGGAGAGGGAGGUGCGCAUGAGGACGAGGUACUGUGUGGUGGUGGUGGGCACUCCAUCCCCUGCUCUGCAUAAAGCUCGAGCUGCCUUUCUGGAAAUACAGCACGCCAUAGCUGCUGCCGCUGCUGAUGAUGGUGAUGAGUGUGGUGAGGAUGGUGCUGCUGCUUGUGAUGCGGAUGAUGGCGGUGAUGCUGCAAGCGAUAGCAGGGGUGCUGUGCACGUGGCGGAUGCUGGCAGUGCGACGGGUGCUGCUUUUGGCGCAUCUUCUGCAGCCCAAUGCGCUGCUGACAGCACCACUGCAUUGACAUGUGCUGCUGCAACAGGUGAUGGUGAUGGUGGUGGUGCAGACACGGAAGCAGGCAAACAACACGAGCAGCAGCAGCAGCAGCAGCAGGGGCAGCAGGGGCAGGGGCAGGGGCAGAGGCAGGAGGGCCUUGGCAUGCAGGGGAGUGUGCCAGCAGCGGUGGUGGCAGCAGCAAGAGAAGGGCGGGUGGCAAUAGCAUGGGUGGACGGCACGGUGCAGGUGCGGUGGUGUGCGUACAUGCUGGGCUGGCAGGGCGCCCUCUGGUGCCAGCGUUCUGGCCGUGCCACUGCCGUGGGCGCCUUCAUGACCCGCCUGCGCUGGGGUGGGGGCAGGGGCAGGCGGGCCAGGGGGGAGGGUGGUGGGGAGGGGAGGGGGGAUGGGCGCAAAGAGGCGGUGAUAGGUGAUGGGGCAAGGGAUGGUAUUGAUUUGGACGGGGAGGGUGAGGAGUAUGGCGAUGGGGACGGGGAUGACUGGGAUGACGAGGAGAAUGACGGUGAGGGGGGGAGUGAGCAGCAGGGAGGCAGCAGGCCAUCAUUGCUGGUGUCUGUGUACGGAGGCCAGGUGGAUGGCAGCAAUGCCACGGGUGUGAUGCACUGGAUCAACCACUGCGUGCACACGGGAGAUUCCUCCAUACCACCCCCCUCCCCCCACCACUGGGCUGCCUCCCCCUCUUCCUCCUCUGCUGAGGGCGAUAGUCACGACGCACAUGGUGGCAGCACCAACCAUGCAGGCAGUAGCGCCCCUGGCAGCAGCAGUGCAAGCAGCAGCAGCAGUGGGCAGGAAAGCAGGAGCGCAAGUGGGGAUGCGGGUAAGAGCCUAUCGCUGAUAUGGGGCCCAACCCACGAGGCACCGGCACUUGUAGACGAGGACACGGCCUCCACCUUCCAGUCACUGCACCACCGCCUCCGCUCCUCGCUCUCCUCCCUGCUCUCCUCCUGCUCCACCGCACUCCACCGCUGCCUCUGCACGUACCUCGUUCGUCCCUUGCUGUCCCUGCUGCCCGACCACUGGCUGCAUACGGCAGCAGCGGCUGCAGAAUGGACGGGAGAGGUGGUCGCUGCUGCCGCUGCGGCUGCGAUGGCGGGUGCUGCAGGCGUGGCAGAGGGAGAUGGAGGGUUCCUGCGAACGCUCGCUCUGGCUGUUGCUGCCAGGUGCGUGCUCAAGAUGGUGCUGGCUCGCAGGGGGGAAGGGGGUGAUGGUGGUGGCUAG